UUGUUUUGUUUUUUUCUCUCCCUUUUCUCUCGACCAUUCUUCUCCGUUCUUUUUCUUUUUGGACAGAGACCAUUCUUCUCCCUUCUUCUUCGUCUCUCUUCUCUGCAAGUCCUUUUUUUAUUUUUUUAUCGAAGUUUUUGGUCAAAAGUGUAAGCUUUUCCAUCUCACACCUUUCUCUCUUUCUCUCCAACCAUCCAUCUCUUAAAUUAUAUCAAGAUCUGGGGGCUUGGGAUGUCGGCGGCCUUGGGUUGGUAUUUGGGUUCGGCGAUGACGCUUGGGACGUCGAGGCUACAUCCACCCCUCUCUCUUUGCUCUAUGGAUGUGAAUAGUGGGAUUGUAAUAUUGGGUUGUGUUUUGGUGGGGAAGGAAGUUGGGGGUUUGGUUUUCUUUUGCUGGAGGAGAUAACUGGUGGGAAAUCUGGGUGUUAGAUUUUUUGUGGCGGUGGAGAUGACAAAGUAUGGAGCUAAGGUUGGGUUUUUUUUUUCUUGGAGGGGAAGAAGAUCUUCUGGGUCUGUAAAAUAGGGAGGUGGGUUGGUGGGGUUUUGGGUUGAGAUGGUAUCUUUUUUUCAUUAGCAGCCGCCGCACCUCUGUCUUUCUUCCUCUUUUCUCCUUAUUCUCGUCUUUUUUUUUUUUUGGUAUUGGGUCUGGAUUUCUUGGUCUAGUUUUAAAUUUAAUUCUUGGUACUGUGUUUGUAAAUCUAACCCAUUGUCUGGUUUGGGCUUGAUCUGCGUUUUGUCUCUUACAAAUCUUUCAUUUGAAUGAUUUUUGCUUAGUGACUCAUGUUUUUUGUUUAACUGGUUGUAGAAAUAAAAUGUAUGGUGGCAGAUUGAAUCUGUUUAAAAGGGCAGAUGCGGUUAACAGAUGCUCUCAGGGGAAGAGGCAUGCCUUCCAUGUAUUCAUGGUCUUGUAAGAGGUGAAUUUCCAGAAUCCAUGGUCGGAAAAAAAUCUUCUUGGGGAGAGUAAUGGAAGUGUGUGCACGAUCAGCUGGGAAGAUUACUAAGGUUGAGGGUUACUGUGAAUCCGGGUUAGAUCUAUGGGUCGAUUUGAAGAUAGAUAGCAAUCCAGAAAAUGAUUUAGAUCAUAGUGACUUGCCUCAACCCACUGCAUCCCCUCAAGGCUUUUCAACAAGAGUGCAACUCACAGAUUUGGGGUCACAACCAAUUCUUGGAAGCAAUUUUGACACCGAUGAAAGAGGCAGUGGCGUACUCAUGUCAGCCUCUCCAGAUGCUGAUGUGAGCACAAUCAAAAUCAGUGAACGAGCUUCUAAUGCAAUGGAAGAGCUUUCAAGCAUGGCUUUUGCUCAAGAGCCUCUUUGGCAAGUUGACAUGGCAAGCAAUACUGAAAUGCUAAGUGAUGUCGAGUAUAUGAGAGUGGUUAAGGUGAGAGAAUGUCAAUCGUCCCCAAGCUUGGACGUUGACAACUCUCAUGAACUUGAACCAGUUCUUGCAGUUAGUUCUGAAUCUUCACGAGCAGUUGAGUACUUCGAAACGAGGCCUAUCAGCAUUAUUGAACUUUUGAUGGAUUUGGAGCAAUGGUCACUUGCUUUUUCCAAUAUUGUCUCUAAAGCAACGCUCGUGGGAGUUUUGGCAUCGACAGGAGUGGAAAGACACUACGAUGGAACUCUCCAACUGAUGACAGCUGAGUUUCAUGCCCCAUCACCACUUGUUCCAACAAGAGAAAGUUCUUUUGCAAGGUAUUGUAAAAAGCUAGACACUGGCUUGUGGGGAGUUGUUGAUGUGUCACCGGAAACGUUGCCCCAAUUUCCAUCAAGAAACUUUCGAAGACGACCAUCAGGCUGUUUGAUUGAAGAAAUGCCAAAUGGAUGCUCUAAGGUUAUAUGGGUGGAACAUGUGGUGGUGGAUAACAGACUGGUUCAUCAUUUUUUUCAGCCACUGGUCACUUCUGGUUUUGCAUUCUGUGCAAAGCGUUGGGUUAACACUUUAAUUCAGCAUUUUCAAUGGUCUGCAACUGUAAGGGUUCCAAACAGUCCUACCGAUCGUGGCGUGAUUAUACCGCAACUGCAAAGAACAUUCUUCUUGAAGUUUUCGGAGAGAAUGGUAAAAAGCUUUUUCAUGGACAUCAGUGCUUCAAGAGAGAACAAAUGGAUGCCAUUUCCAGUGUCAAGUGCUGAUAUAAUGAUAUCGACAAAGAGUAGCACAGAUGACCAUGGGAAGAUUCUAGGUACCACAACAGUGUUCGCUACUUCCGUCCACCUUCCAGUCCCAAGUAAACAAGUAUUUAGUUUACUUCGUGAUGUCAAAUUUCGGAGACAGUGGGAUAUCUAUGGACGCAAUCAUAGAUUCGAUGAACAUGCUUAUAUAAGCAAUGGCGACAGUCCAGAAAAUGGGGUUUCUAUAUUGCGAGCCAUUAAUGAUGAAACAAAGAAGAUUAAAGCAUUGUACAUGCAAGAGAGCUGUGCAGCCUCGACAGGCUCAUACAUAGUUUAUGCUCCCUUUGAUUAUAAGGAUGCUGAGAACAAGUUGAUGAAGGAUGAAUGGCCAGACCACAUACCUAUCUUGCCCUCAGGGUUUUCUAUCCUUCCUGACAGACCGAUCCACCGGGACGAAACUGGUGGAAGUCUUUUGACCAUUGCCUUCCACGUCGUUGCUAAAUCGCCAACUGAUGAACAUGAGCCUUCUAAUCAACUAGGGUUCCUUAUGCACAAUAUUAUUGCAAAGACUGUGAUGUCAAUCAAGGAGGCCCUAGGAUUCUCUAUAUGAUGUACAAAGCAACUACUAAAACUACAAAUGAUUCAGCACAAGUUUAUUGUAAGUACUUGAAAUCAUUGCAAGACGAGGCUCCUUCAAACUGAGGAGGAGCUCCUCUCCAUAGCGAAUGGGAUUUUGACAUGUGUCAAAACUCCAUCUGUUUUGAGGAGCACCCCCUUAAUUUUAGUGGGUGGAGGUAAAGCAAGUGUUGAGUAUGCUUUGAGAAAAUAUAAGGAUUUUGAAACAAAUUGUAUGCGCAAUGAACUCCAAAAGUUAAUUUACCUGAGUCAGUUAACCAGUUUUGUCCUAUUAGUUUAUGUAAUGUCUCUUAUAAACUGAUUACAAAAAUCUUAAUCAAUAGGAUGAGACCUGUUCUCUCA